AUGCCUUCCAUAACGACAGUCCAUGAAUCCCUCCCCUAUAUCGACCAAGAACCGACCCCAGCCGAGCGCGCCGCCGCCGAGGCCCUCAUAGCAAUGGAACGCUCCUCCCACCGCGACGACCCCCACCACGCUCUCCUCCCCCCGCCGAUCCAACCCACCUUCACCCCUCUCAUGACCACAGAGACAGACCGCAUCGCCGCCUCCCAGAACCCCCUCCAGCCCCAGCCCCUCCGCGCAAUCGACCUCAGCCGCUACGAGGCUCCCGACCUCAACCCCGCCUCCGCCACCUCCCCAGACGACCUCGAGCCCGCCCUCAGCCAGGCCUACACAGCCAUGUCCUACCUGACCAGCCGGCGCCAGCACCUUGCCCUCCUCGACACCCACGGCAAGAACGCCUGGCUCGUCGGUAACUGGCAGCUCGAGUCGGAGCUGCGCGCCGUCGAGCGCGAGCUGGCCGCCACCCGCCGCGAGAUCGACCUGCUCACCGUGCGGCGGCAGCGUGUGCAGGCCGAGGCCGCCGGCGAGGUGAGGGGGCUGGACGAGGCGUGGCGGCGGGGCGUGGGGCGUGUUCUGGAGGCCGAGGUUGCUGCUGAGGGUGUGAGGAGAGAGGUGCUGGAAAGGGAGAGGGAGAGGGUGGGACGCAUGGGCUGA